AUGUCAACGGAGUCGGAUCUCGCUACAAAUAGGUUGAGCCAACUCAUAAAUGAGCACCGGACUCUCCAGGCUCUUCAUCCGGAGACCCCUCGCCCAUCAUUGGAUAAUAUUUACUCAGUUACUACCGUCGACCUCGAGAGCCAGGAACACAUUAUUAAUUACCAAAUACCAGUAGCGAUUUUACGCUAUAACAUUGGAAUUAUCAUAAUUGAUUCUAUAACGGCGAAUUACCGUGCUGAAAGCUCUACUGAGCGUGUAUCUGGGCUCCUUGAGCGAUCCGGUCAACUGAAGAAACUGGGUCACUUUCUCCGUACCUUGGCCGUGACGCACAAUAUUGCGGUAGUUGUGGCUAAUCAGAUAUCGGAUGGUUUUGAAAGUUCACUCCACGAUCCCUUUCCAGAGGAAUCCCGUGAGUAUUCGGGGAGUCCUCUAGAGGCAUCUUCUCCCAGUGCCGUUCCAUCUUUCGUCCCAGCAUCUCAACCCUACCAGCAAUCAAAAUCAGUCGAAAAUCAUUCACCUCGGGGUCGCUCGGCCAAUUUACCUCAAGUCAAUCUAGACACUUGCGAGCAAGAAGAGGAUAGGUGCAAUAUCCCGGGGUUUAAUUUGCUUCUCAGCCUUGAUUAUCAACAGCAAUUUUUUACCGGCUGGGCACAAACCCCUCACUCAUACCCGGGUGGUGGACCACUUGGAAUAUCUAAAGGGUUUAAAGUGCCUGCGUUAGGGCUUAUAUGGACGAAUCAGAUCGGGUGUCGAAUUGUUCUGAAAUCAACAAGCUCAUUUCAACCUGCAGGUAGUUAUCCACCGAUUCCGGCGGUCCAAAAUUCUAACGUCGAUAUGCACUGUAUAAAUCAAGACGAUUCAAUUGAACAUCCGGAUGGAAAGAGUGCGGUCAAGUGCAACGAUCAAAACGAUCCAGAUCCUUCUGAUAAGGGUCAAGAAACUGAAGUUCAGAAGGCUGCAGAGCAUGACUCUACGCAACCCUUAAAAUCAUCUCAGGAAAGCUUUGCUAUCCUGGAAGAUGAAUCUUGGAGUGACUAUAUGUUUGUACCUGCUUCGCAGUAUCGAGGACGACUGCGGCAGAUGGUAGUUGUAUUUUCUCCAUGGACUUCAGGAAAUCCGGAACAGAACAGUAGCUAUGAUUUUGGGAGUAGGGAUACUCAUGAGGGCCAAGGCCGAUCGUCCGUCAAGACAAUGUUUGACCCAAUGUACAAUUCAGCGGAGUUUGAAAUCCUACCACAGGGACUGAGAGGCCUAACCAGGACAGCCACCCAUAUAUAG